AUGAACAAGUUAGAGGAGUUAGAAAUUGGUUAUGGGACCCCAGAAAAUAAAUCCAAAAAAUUUAAUAGCGAACUAAAGAAUUUUAGUAAAGACAAGGUUGAAAUAGAUAUUUUUGUGACGGGAUUAGAUUUAGUCGGAGACGCGAAAAAUCUAAAAACAUCAGAAUCCAAUUAUGACGAAUUGAAAAGAGAUUAUGAAGCAAGGGAGGAACAAUUAGCCAAAUCUUACAGUGAACUAGAAGCCAAACUUGAUAGUCUCCAAAAGAGUAAAGACCGAGUAAUUGCUGAGAAAAAACUGAUUCAGCAAGAUUUGAUCACUGCCAAGAAAGCUAUUAAUAACCUAGAACAAGAACUAACUAGUGAGCAAGAGCAAAGAGCUAUUGCAGAAAAUAAUUUUGCCAAUGAAAAAGAACAAAAUCAACUUUUGAGAGAAAAUAAUGCAAUUUUAGUCCAAAAAUCUGCUUUGGAAGAAAAUAGAAGAAAAUUAGAAGACCAAUUAAAAGAACAGAACAGUGAUAAAGAAAUAAACGAAAUUAAAAGGCAGUUAAGGGAUACUGAAGAAAAAUUAGCCAAAAGUGAAAAUGAGUUAGAUGCUAAACAAAAAGAAAUUGACAAAAUGGCUAAACAAAUCGAAGAAAAGCAGAAAAAAGAAAAAGAAAGCGCCCCAACUGAACGAUUAGAAACUAUCCUUGAUGAUUUAGAAAAUUCGUUUAAACGUUUAGAAAACUACCAAAAUAAAGAAGAUCGGUUGGAUAAAUUAACUCCUAGGUUAGUAAUGAGCAAAAUUAAGAUCAAUGCCUCUGAUUUGGGCACAAUAAGUAGAGGAGUCAAUUAUGUAGGUGGUGGAUUAUCUACUAUUGGUUAUGGUGAGAUUGGUGGUGGGUUAACUUUAGUUGCUUCAACAGUUGACUCAAUCGUUUCUGAAAUAGAAAACUCAGACAAGCAAAAGCAGGAAGAAUUAGUUAAGUUGGAAGGAACUUGUCAAGAAUUGAAGAAAAUUUACAAUAAUUUUAAUAAAAGUUUGGUUCUUCCAAAAAGGAUGGAUGAAACAAUUUCAAAUUUCUUAGAAUUAGUUAAUGAUUUGCAAAAGAGUAUAAGUUCUGACGCUGAGCAAAAAGAAGUAAAUAAAAAAUUUGAGAAAUUGAAAAUAGAAGUUGAAGAAGUUAAAAAUGAUUUAAAAAAAGUAAUAAAAGAUCUCGAAGCAAAAACUGAUUCUUCUCAAGUUAUUAAACCAGGGCAAAUAACAGUUGGUUCCUCAAAAAAUAAUAAUCAAGAGGAGGAAUUGCAAGCAGUUAUUGUUCACAAUGAACUAACUCCUCUUUUACCAAAAAAAUAA